AUAUGGGUGAAGUUUCUCUCUUUUACUCCUUUCAACAGAAUAACAAAAAACUGGUUUGGUGAAUGUAGGUUAUGGACCAAAGGUUUGGGUGGUGAUCUGGAUGUAAUUCAGAUUUUUAAAAUAUAAAAAUGUUCACGUCAUUGUAGGAAAUAGACAAGAGGCUGAUAAAUGGUGCUUUACACAAGAAGUUCCCAAAUUAUUAUCUUUAUUGUUUUUAUACAUUUCUUUGAUCUUUCAUGGUAAUUUGUUCACUGUUGUUUUGUGUUUUUUUGUGCAUACACGUUCAUUGUCUCUUUAAAACCCUGGUUCACAGGUCAUCUUCACAGGGCAUGGUCACUGUCAGGAGGGGGCGUGGCCACAGUGUGGGCUGGUGUGUGUCCUCAGGCAGUGAUUAGACGUGAGUGAGAGAGGCUCAGCGUCAGUGUCCCACGGCCAUGGCCUGUCUGAUGGCUGCCUUGUCUGUUCACAACGCCAGCGUCACCAAUGCUGUCAUCAUGGUGAGUCCAGAGUCUGCAAACUGACUGAGGGGACAGACAGAGGACAGGUGAUAAGGACAAAAACUAAGGGGAACAGACUGGAAAUAAGUCAAGCGGACAGGGGAAGAGGACAGGCAUUAAGGAGAGUGAGGGGACAGACAAAGGACAGGUGUGUGAGUACAGGUAUGUAUUGAGGACAAAACUUCCAGUACAGAAUGAGAAUGAAUUAAGAGGAUAGACAGUGAAGUGAGACACAGACUGAGGAAAGACACCUGUACAAGAACAUAAGGAGAUGCAGUUGGUGGACGGACAGCAGAUGGACAUCAUUCUUAUAUAAAACAGUCAUGACAUAAAAAGUGCCAAACUUUGGACAAAGAUGGAAUGAGAAAAGGAAAGGCACAAAAAGUUUGACGUGGUAUUUUAUGUAUAACUUAGUCAAAUGUCAGUAACAGAAGGAGAAUUUUCAAUUGGAAAGUUUCUGUGACCACAAACAGCACCAGUUCUUAGGGUUAAAUGUGGUACCAUUCUUGAAAGAACUCAACAGGUUGGUGCUUGUUCCAGACCUGAUGGAAAUCUUCUGUGGACGUAGUCUGGGUCAAACUUUGUCUUGUCGUGUAAUCCCAGACACAGGGAUUACGACAGCCUCAAAGACUCAGCCAGACUUUUUUGGUUGAAGUCAUCACCUUUAAUAUUUUUAAUUAUAGUUUAAUUUAUUUUUUUAAUCCUCUGAAGAGAAUCUCUCUGUUGUCUAAUGUCUUUCGCAGUUUUUUUGUUUGCUUGACUUUGUGUUUAAACUGGAGGUUCAGAUUUUUGGCUGCAGAUCAGACCCAUCUUCACCACAUGUUUAUGGACAUUGAGUGUCUGUACAUGUCUGUACCUGCGUCUUAUUGGAGAUCACAGGCCAUAAGAAAAAAAAGGGAUCUUUGUUUCUUAAAUUCCUGCUAGUGUAUCAGUGUUGUGUUCCACUCAACACUCCUAGGUUUUAAACUGAGCCAGGAAAUUCUGAGUAAAAGUGAAAGUAAGAACAAAACUAGAUUGUUUUAUUUUGUUACUAAUACUUUUCAUGACUUUUUCGUUUGGUGGUGCUCCGUGGGAUUUCUUGAAUGUGGAAUAUGUGCAUGGCUCAAAUAAAGGUUAAGAAGAACUAGACUACAGUAUAUGUUGUUAUUUGAUGGAGAUUCCUAUUCUGUUGUUAUUAUGCAAAGUAAUGAAACAUGUAAGGACAUGUGUAACCAGCUGCUUUGAAUAUGUGUGCAUGGCUGUGAAUGGGACUGGGGAUGACCUUUCACCUUUUGAACCUCAUGUCAGUUUCUUGUCCCACCUUCAGAACAGCAACGGACCGCCUGACCUGAUGUUGGAUGUUGGGUCGGUAAGCAUCAGUAUGGACCAGAGGCCUGUAGGGGGCAGCCAGCGGAGACCUCUGCUGCAGGUGCUUGUGAAGAAGGUGGACAACAACCUGAUGGAAACCCAGAGGUUCUCUUCGUUACCACGGAGACCGGCGAUCGAUAUUGAAUUUAAGGACGUGUCGUACUCUGUCAGAGAGGGCCCCUGCUGGAGAAAGAGAGGUUACAAGACUCUGCUCAAAGGGAUUUCAGGAAAAUUCACGAGUGGAGACCUGGUGGCCAUAAUGGGGCCCUCAGGAGCCGGGAAGUCCACGCUCAUGAAUAUCCUGGCUGGGUACAGGGAAACCGGAAUGAAGGGUGAGAUCCUGAUCAACGGUCGACCCAGAGACCUGCGCUCCUUCAGGAAGGUUUCCUGUUACAUCAUGCAGGACGACAUGCUGCUGCCCCACCUGACCGUCCACGAGGCCAUGAUGGUGUCUGCUAACCUCAAACUGCAGGAAAAGGCGGAGACUCGCAAAGAGAUGGUCCGGGAGAUUCUGACGGCUCUGGGUUUAAUGGAAUGCGCUGAAACCAGGACAUCACACCUGUCUGGUGGUCAGAGGAAGAGACUGGCCAUCGCUCUGGAGCUGGUCUACAAUCCACCAGUCAUGUUCUUUGAUGAGCCCACCAGUGGUUUGGACAGUUCUUCCUGUUUCCAGGUGCUGUCUCAGCUCAAAGCUCUGGCUCAGGGAGGAAGAACCAUCAUCUGCACCAUCCACCAGCCUAGUGCUAAACUCUUUGAACUCUUUGAUAAGCUCUACGUCCUCAGCCAGGGUCAGUGUAUCUACAGAGGAAACGUCUCAGGCCUGGUCUCCUACCUCAGAGAGAUUGGACUGAACUGCCCCACCUACCACAACCCUGCUGACUUUGUGAUGGAGGUGGCGUCAGGAGAAUACGGAGAUCAGAUGGUGCGACUGGUGAAGGCUGUUCAGGACAGGAAGUGUGACACGUGUCAUCAGACUGAACUGAAUGGAGAUGUGAACCUACAACCUGUCCUGUGGCAGGGCACUGAGGAGGACUUGGCCUCAUCUGAAGGCUGCCACAGAUUCUCAGCCAGCUGCAUGACCCAGUUCUCCAUCCUGUUCAAGAGAACUUUAGUCAGCAUCGCCAGAGACUCGGUGCUGACCCACCUGAGAAUCCUGUCUCACAUCGGGAUUGGUUUGUUGAUCGGUUUAUUGUACCUGGGAAUCGGGGAUGAAGCCAAGAAGGUUCUGAGCAACUCAGGCUUCCUGUUCUUCUCAAUGUUGUUUCUAAUGUUUGCAGCGUUGAUGCCAACAGUGCUCACGUUUCCUCUGGAAAUGGGAGUGUUUCUGCGGGAGCACCUGAACUACUGGUACAGCCUGAAGACCUACUACCUCGCUAAAACCAUGGCUGACAUUCCCUUUCAGGUGGUAUUUCCGGUUAUGUACUGCAGUAUUGUGUACUGGAUGACAGCUCAGCCUCCUGAUGUUGGACGCUUCCUCCUCUUCCUGUCUCUGGGAAUCUUGACUUCCUUUGUGGCCCAAAGUCUGGGUCUGCUGAUUGGUGCCGCUUCCAAUUCCCUGCAGGUGGCAACAUUUGUCGGCCCUGUCACAGCAAUUCCGGUCCUGCUGUUUUCGGGCUUCUUUGUCAGUUUUGAUACCAUUCCCUGGUACCUGCAGUGGAUGUCAUACAUAUCCUAUGUCAGGUAUGGUUUUGAAGGCGUCAUCCUGUCCAUCUAUGGCCUGGAUAGACAAGAUCUUCACUGUGACGAAGAUGACACCUGUCACUUCCAAAAGUCCGAGGCCAUCCUGAAGGAGCUGGACAUGCUGGAUGCCAAACUCUACCUUGACUUCAUCGUCCUCGCCAUCUUCUUCUUCUCCUUAAGGCUACUGGUGUACUUUGUCCUGAGGUACAAGAUCAGUGCUGAAAGGUAGACCAGGACCAGGACCAGGACUGUGUGAUCAGAGUGUUUUAAGUCCAGUGCUCCUGUGUUCUGUCACCACAUGUGACAUGUGACAAGGUCACUGAACUCUGACUCUACUUUGGCUUCAGAAACAAUGUGAGUAGACACCAACUAGUCUAAGGAUACGUCAGAGGUCAGCAGGUCAAAGCCCAAAUCCUGCAGAACCAGGAGCUGGUCUCCUGAGUGUCUAAGGACCAGAGGUCCAGGGUGACCUGAUCCCUGAAUCCUGGACAGUUUCCACCUGAUUGAUGUUCACGUCACUGUAUCGCACACAGCCAGUGAUUAUACUUCCUUAAGCAUUCAGGCAAACAACAACAUUUUAUUUCAUCUGUAAAUAUUUGGAAACUCCACAUGGGACUUUUCCUCAAAAGAGAUUUGCUGCUCCUAUCUAAAAUGUCAGCUUUGCUGACUUCUGCAGCAGACUUCAGUACAAACACAAGUUUAUAUUGAGUCAAUAUGUCAAACUGGAGUUUGAAUUAAUUAUUAGAAUUGCUUGAUAAAACAAUGCUAUUUGUGUUCAUAAUCAAUUCUUGUGAAUAAACAUGAUCAAAACAAA